AUGAGCUCAAACGAUAGUAUUAUCUUCCAAUUGACAAACAUCGGGGCAUUGCAAAGGGAACCUCAGUUUCAGACUCCCAAGAAGAGCUCUUCCAGCGGUCCUUUGACACCUCCGUCAUCUAAGGGCAAGUGGUGGACCCCGUUCAGUGAAAGAAGGCCUAGUCCAACGAGACCUUUUCCAUCAAGGACGGAUUCGCUGCCCAGACCAACAUUCAACCUACCUCCGAGGACUCCCAAGAGAAGUUUUCUGAAUAGUGUGUGCACAGUGUGCGAUGAGCCCAUUUUUACAAGAGGUAGUGGUGAAAGGAUUAUCGAGUUGGAGUGUGGUCAUAUAAGCCACCAGGAAUGCCUAGUGGUUUCGUUCGAUGAAUCUAGGGGUGCUGAUGAAAUCCUGGAGAUGUUUCCCAAAUGCAAGAUGUGUGGUAGCGAUGUCCGUUGCUUACCAAAGAAUAGAGAUUUUAAGGACAAGCUUAUUUCGGAGUACCUCAUUAGGUCGCGAUCUUUACGGCCUGGUCUGGUACCAGCGACUGCAAGAAGUACGAGAUCUGAUGUUCAAGUCCCGCUGGCUUCGGGGCGUUAUAUCGAUUCAAGACCACGCAAGAAGUUCUCUCUGUCGACGCCGCAGGUACGGCAGAUUAGCAAGAGACCGCUACUACCUUCUGUGGCUGAUUUGAACUCUAUUAUAUCUCAGGAUAACUCGUUCUGCGAUGCAAAGUCGGUGGCAGACCUUUCGCACUUACGAGCAUCUCACAUUGCAGUGUUGAGCGCAAAUUUUAAAGAUAAAUUACAAUAUGGGAACUUAAGAUUAGUUGAUAAGCUGGCUGUUUCACGGGAUGGUGUCAAUUUUACCACUUGCGCUUGCUAUUUGUUCGAAACCGCGCUGGCCGUGGCUGAUCUGGUUAGUGAGGGUCCCGAAUUGCUCCUGCAAGACCUUGAGCUGUUUACGCCGAUCUCAGACGUCAAAGUCGAGACUGUCGAAAAGUCUGUUUUUAAGUGUACCAUACGGUGUCAGGAAUUGUAUUUGACAGAAAGUCUCGACACGGAAACUACACAGAUUAUUCAAAAGUGGAUAUCCGGUUUGUUGAACCAGGAACUGGUGUUUGAUGAGCAAAACUUCACGUCUACACUUCAUCGUGACCAAGCGAUGAGCGACUCGUUGGCCAGUCUGCAGGCUUCAGACAGUGUCAUCAUUAGAAGAGGUACCCGUAUCUCUGUCAUUGGAAAUGAACUGAACAAGCGCGAUACUAUAGGAACCGUUAUGACCACAGUAAGCUCCAUCUUAUCUUUGAAACGCGAUAGGCCCGACGAAUUGAUCGUCGUGUUGCAGUGGAACUUGAAAGAAACUAAUAACGGCUUGGCUUUGGACAUUUACAAUAACGUAAGGGCACUUAGCCUUACGUAUCGAGAUCUCAAAGUGUGCAUAGUAAAUGAGGAAGGACGUGUUGCGAAUCAUGCGCUCGCCAAGGAUUUUUUUACCACUUCAGAUAGAGUUCUUGGAUUGAAGGAUAACAAUGGAACUGUCAGGUUUGACCCCAAAUGGCUGAAGAAUACAUUCUAUCCGGGGAAUAUAACCGCUAACAUUGGAAUUGCUGUAAUAUCGGAUAUCUCCUUGGAGUCAGACAAAUCAUGUCUACUUAUGGACUAUAAACCAUUCGCUCGUGUCGGGAGAAGGAGACCUAAUGAACUUAAAGUCAAGAUUGGAUAUUUAUUGUUGAAUGUGGACUACAGCAAAAGAAUUGAAGAACUGGUUGAAGUUGGCUCAUGGAAUCAAAUUCUUGAAGCAUUGAGUUAUAGUUUUAGCUUGGCUUUUGGGGAUGAUGAUGAGGACGAUGAUUAUGAUGACGAUUUCAGUGAUGAAGAAGAAAGUGAAGCAAAAAAGGAUGAACCUUUUCAUGAAGAAACAGAGUCCCAUUAUAAAACGAUGAAGACCGUCCUGAUAGAAUCGGACACUGACGAGGCCAACAGCACCAGGAGUCUUAGUCUGGAACAUGAGAUUCCAACCAGCACUGACGGCCAAAUACUUAAUCUAGAACAGGAGGCUGCAACUUCGAGGAUCAAGAGAGCUGGCAGCCAAUCUGCCAAACGCGCUGAGAGGGGCUGGGACCCUCUUUUCGAAGAUAUCGAGAGCGCAAUUCGAGAGUUGCAAAGAGGCAAAAGUGCUUCUCCUGAGACAGCUGGACGACAAAAUGAAUUGUACAAUUAUUUAUGA